GAUAAUAUUAUGCAAAAGCUCGGAGUCGUCAAACUGGAGCUACAGAGUAAAACCACUUUAUGCUAACUAGCAUGCAGCUAACGUUAGCUUAAUGUGGAUGUAACAGUAACAUUAGCCACCUGCGCGCAAGAUCUGACGGUUUUCAGACAAAGAACAGUUUCUUGCCUGGAAUAAUGACCACUAUAGUCCACGACACUACGGAGGCAGUGUGCCUCUCCACUGAGUACAACUUGUACCUCAAACCCAUUGCUAAGAUGACCAUCAGUGUGGCGCUGCCCCAGCUCAAGCUGCCAGGCAAAAGCAUCUCCAACUGGGAGGUAAUGGAGAGGGUGAAGGCCAUGGUUGCUCCUGAGCAGUUUGCAGCUUUGCGGAUCUCCAAGAGCACCAUGGACUUCAUCCGCUUUGAAGGGGAGGUGGAAAAUAAGACAGUGGUGAAGAGCCUGCUGAGCCGUCUGGAUGGGAAGAGCAUCAAACUCAGUGGAUUUACUGAUGUAUUAAAGGUUCGUGCAGUAGAGAAUAAAGUAGACUUCCCGACACGCCAUGAUUGGGACUCAUUCUUCCGAGAUGCUAAAGACAUGAAUGAGACUCUGCCAGGAGAAAGGCCUGACACCAUCCACCUGGAGGGGCUUCCUUGCCGCUGGUUUAGCCUAAAGGACAGCCCGUUCCCAGAUCGUCCCACCGAAGAAGUCCUAAUUUCUGUUUUCCAGGUAUUUGGCAAGGUGCGAAAUGUAGACAUCCCCAUGCUGGACCCAUACAGGGAAGAGAUGAUGGACAAGAACUUCAGCACUUUCAGCUUCGGUGGCCAUCUAAACUUUGAGGCUUAUGUCCAAUAUCAGGAGUACUGCGGUUUCACCAAAGCCAUGGACACUCUGCGUGGCAUGAAGUUAAUGCUAAAGGGAGAAGAUGGAAAAGCAGUGGCCUGCAACAUCAAGGUGACCUUUGACACCAGCAAGCACCUCAGUGAAUCAGCUUUGAAGAGGAGGAGUAUGGAAAGACUGAAGUUACAGGAGUUGGAGAGACAGAGGGAGGAGCAGAAACGACGAGAGAAGGAAGAAGAGGAACAACGGAAGGAGGAGGAGAGGAAACAGAAGGAGCAGGAAGAGGAGGAGAAAGAGAGGAAGAAGGAGGAGAGGCUGAGGAAACGGGAGCAGAAGCUGAAGGAGCGAGAGGAGAGGAGGAACCUGAAGAGGGUGAGACGACAGCAGGAGGAGGAGCAGAAGAAGCUGCAGAUGAAGAUCGCCAUGGAGGAGAGGAGGCUGCUGCUGGCCCAGCGUAACCUCGAGUCUAUACGUCUGAUAGCUGAGCUGCUCGCCAGAGCGAAGGCCUUGAAACAGCAGCAAGAGGAGAAAGAGCGAGCUGAGCACGAGGAACAGAAAAGGCAGGAGGAGGCUCGACAGAAGGAGGAAUUAGCUCGGCUCCAGCAGCUGGAGGCGUGCCGUCGUAAGCAGGAGGAAGAGCUCCAUCGGGUGGAGGUGGAGAAGGAGCGGGCAUUGGAGCUCCAGCGCCGAGAGAAGGAGCUCAGGGAGAAACUGCUGUGCAACCUUUUGAAGAAGAGCAGUGGAAGAACUACCAGACCGCCAGGCGACAAGGACCAGGCGGGACCGGUAACCAUGGAGGAGGCCCUUGAUCCUGGAGCCAGUGAUAUAAUGAUGGGAGUUCUGGGAAGAGUGAAUGGAGUGAAAGCAGGCGAGAGCAACGACAAGAAACACGUGUCUAAAUCUAGGACGCACGCCCAAGUUUUAGGGAAAAACAGGGUGACGGAGGAUAGAAGAGGAGGCGGGGACAGGAACAAGGACAGGGAGGAGAGGAGGGAGGAAGGUGUGAAGAGCAGGAGCUAUGGGCGACGCAGCAAGGAGAGGGCUAGGGUCCGGGAACGCCCCCACCGAGACCGGAGCGCCAACACCCGCGGGAGGACGAGGCGCUCCCACAGCUACAGCAGGAGGAGGAGGAGCCCCAGCCACCGUCGAAGAAGCUCCAACCGUCACAGAAGGAGCUACAGUCACCAUGGCAGCAGGAGGCGGAGCCAUAGCCAUUUCAGUCGGAGCACGAGCAUCAGCAGGAGCAGGAGCAGCAGCGGGAGGAGCUACAGCAGCGGGAGGAGCCGCAGACGGAGUCAUCGUAGAUACAGCAGAGGCAGCUCCAGGAGCAGCAACAGAAGCAAAGACAGGAGGAGUCACAGUCAUUACAGCCGAAGGUACAGGAGACACAGCACCAGCAGGGACCGCAGCCACUCCAGACACCGCUAGAAUUAAGCCUCCAGGUUCUGGUGGAGCAAUAGUCCACCGAUAAAGAUGUGACACUGCUUCAAACUGUCUCAAGGAUUUGGUUGCACAAAUAUCUUAAAUGUGACACAAAAGUAAAAACAACACCACAAAAUGACUCAAAAAACAUGUGAGUGUAGCAUGGAAGUGUCUGUUGAUUUCAAGGAGUUUGUGCUUUUUCUUUUUUUUUUUUUUUUUUUUACAGGUCUCUUUUAUUUCACACAGAUACUGUUGGAUUGUAGCUGCCCUUUGGUGUUAAGUUUGUUACAAAAUUCAAUACCUUUGACUGUAGCAAUUCAUCACAUAAUAGCACAGGUCGUAUUUGGUUUUAACACAACAGUAUUCUAACACGCACUAAGACUUCGAUACAAUAAAACUGGUUCCGAAGCUUAACGUAAAAUUGGGUUUCAAAAUAAGUUUGGAGUUAUUAAUAGAUUAGGAAGUUUUUGAAUUUAAUUGCUGUUAAAAUACAUUUUAAAUUAAAGGCUUGUAUUGGCUCAUUCUAUUUAUAGGCUGAUGUUUAACUCUAAUUUUCUGCAAGCAGUUUGUUGUUGUGCAUAAGCCUAAUAGAAAGUUUAAGUACUCAGAGAAAACUGUUACAGUAAUAUGGCUACAGUUUGACCAUUAUCAGUAGCAUGAGCUAUAACAAAACACUGAAUCCUUUACUAAAGCAUCAUCAGCAUGAAAGGUCAGACAGUAUUUGACUGAGCCAGCUCCAAGUACAUGGAUCUUUAAGCAGACCACUUGAAAAUGAACCAGAGCUGCUUUAACACGAAUGUGAAGUUUCCACAAACCAUGUGACAUAUACCUCUAUGUUUAGGCUGACCGGCAGAUACGCUCCACAAGUAUUUCUAUGAAACAUAAGCAGCACUGGUCUUGUGGAACUAUGUUUUUGAUGAUUACAUAAGUAACUUAAAAUCUAAAGUGCAUUUUAUUUGAAGAUAAAUGAGUUUAUUGGUUUGAAAUGUGUGAAAACUUAAUAUUGAAAGUCUUUCUUUGGCAUCUGUCGUGUUUGUGUGUGUCGAGACAAAAGAAAGGACACAUUGACUGAUCUGUGCUUCUGUUUGGAUUUGAGUUCGGGGGAUGUUACACAACAACCCCGAAUGAUACUGUCAUUCGCAUUUUUUCUGGAAAAAAAAAAAAGCCCAUUUGUUCUGUAUAUGCUCAUGAUCGGAUCCAACAGAUUGGUUACAAUAAAAAUCCAAACUGGAAACUCA